AUGCGUUCUGGUGACUUGCUCAUAGAAGUUAAUUCUAAGAAGCAAGCCCAGCAAGUAACCAAACUAAAAGCCUUAGCUACAAUACCUGUUACUGUUUCCCCUCACUCUUCCUUAAAUUACUCGAAAGGCGUCAUAACCUGUGGAGAGCUGUACAAUGUUUCUCUUGAAGAAAUAUCUAAAGGAUUUCAGCAGCAAGGAGUAACUCAUGUACGCCGCAUAACCAUUCGGCGGGAUGGGCAACUCAUUAAUACGAAACACCUCAUCCUCACAUUUCAUUCACCUAAACUGCCUGAAUUUGUAUAUGCCGGCUACCUGAAAUUACCUGUUCGAGCCUAUAUUCCUAAUCCCUUGAGAUGUUUCCAAUGCCAACGUUUCGGUCACUCCAAAGCUAAUUGCCGCGGGACAGUAACUUGUGCCCGAUGUGCUGAAAAAGGUCAUGAAAGCCAGAAGUGCACUGCGCCAGAAAAGUGCGUCAAUUGUGGUGAAGAUCAUGCUUCCUAUUCGAGACUUUGCAAACGUUGGACACUCGAGAAACAAAUAACCACUCUCAAAUUCAAAGAAAGUAUAACUUAUCCUGAAGCUAGACGUAAAAUUCUAGCUCAAACACCUACGCCUGGUUUAACUUAUGCUUCUGUGGAAAUUAGAACAAAACUCAGAAAAUCAACCUUGCGCAAUUCGGUUGCUUUGGGACUUGCAAAUCAAGGUGCAGUCCACAAAGACCUAACAUCCAUUUUUGGUGGCACAUCCAAAAGUGCUGACCUAAUCGCACUUCAUCCAUCUGAAGAAGAGGAUGAACUUAAAAUGAGUUGCGAUAUUUCGCAACUUCCCAACACUGUUUCCAAUCCUUCACUUGAAGCAAAAGUUUCGUAA